AUGUCCGCCGCCGACGCCUCGUGGAAGGUCCACCUGCGCGGCGCCGCCCACAUCGUGCACGCCAUGUACUCGCCCGGCGGCCUGGCCGCCGCCGGCGAGACGGGCCCCGCGCUGACCCUCGGCAACGACAGCCUGUCCAUCCGCCGCUUCCUCGUCUCGCUGCUGUCGUACCUCGAUGUUGCCGCGUCCUGCGCCACCGGCGAGGCCCCGCUCAUCGCCGGCGACUACUGGGAGACGCUCGGCGGCGGCUGGCAGUACAACCUCGGCGUUCCCGACUUUGCGGCUACGCAGUGCGCGUCGAAUCGCGACUUGGCCCAGGUCCGCAGCGCCUGGUCGAGACUCAUGUCGGUACAGGCCGAGAUCAGCGACUUUGCCAAGCUGCAGCGUUCGGGCCUGGACGAGCAACAAAGGGACGCUAUAAAAGCCGAGCUUGUCUACCGGCUCAGAAACUGGCAUGAGAGCGCUCCGAAUGUGUUUUCCAAACUGGAGAACCUGGAUGCGAUACCCGACGACGCGACCGACGAUGAACGCGAAAUGCUGACCGUCACCGCUUGCGUGGGAAGUUACGCCCUGGCAUGUACCAUAUAUCUCGAAAGAGUCGCUACCAAGAGUAUAAAGAGCGCAGCCUAUGAUGGCGAGAUCAAGUCUGCCGUUGACCGGGUAUUGACGCUUACCCUAAACUUUUCUCACGGUAUUCACCAACUAGCCGUCGUGUGGCCACUCCUCACGGCGGGCAUCGCCACAUCCGACCGGCACAAACAGGAACUAUGCCGCCAGAAAUUAAGCGGCAUGAAUGUUUUCGGGUUCAAGGUACGGUGA